AUGACGACUACCACGUGCGCACCGUGUAGUCCGAUCUGCAACGUUGAAGCUAGAGCGUGUCCGGAUUACUGCGUAGAAGGGGGAAGUUUCUGCGUAUGCAAAUCUGGAUACUACCUUCCGUACGAAAACAGCACUUACUGUGUUUUGAAAAGCUGUUGCCCUUCGAGUUCAAAUGCUAUAACAGAAUCACAGUCAGGAUCAGAAUCGGAAUCAGAAUCGGAAUCGGAAUCAGAAUCAAAAUCGGGAUCAAAACCGGAAUCAGAAUCUGGAACAGAAUUGGAGUCACCGUCCAAAUCUGAAUCAAAAUCGGAAUCGGAAUCAAAAUCUGGAACAGAAAUGGAGUCAACAUCCGAACCUGGAUCAAAAUCGGAAUCAGAAUCAAAAUCGGGAUCGAAAUCGGAAUCAGAAUCUGGAAAAAAAUCGGAUUCGGAAUCCAAGUCAAGAUCAGAAUCAACUGCUAACUCAGAAUCGGAAUCAGGAUCAAAAGAAAAAUCAGAUGUCGGAUCAGAUUCGGAAUCAGAAACAGCAGAACAAUUAAAAUCAAUUGACGAUUUGGAAUCGAAAUUAGAAUCAAAAGCAAAAUCAGAACAAGAUGUUGGAUCAGAUUCGGAGUCAGAAACAGCAGAACAAUUAAAAUCAAUUGAUGAUUCGGAAUCGAAAUUAGAAUCAAACGUGAAAUCAGAUUCAGAUGUUGUAUCAGAUUCUAAAUCACAAGCAACAGAUCAACUAAAAUCAAUUGAUGAUUCGGAAUCGAAAUUAGAAUCAAACGUGAAAUCAGAUUCAGAUGUUGUAUCAGAUUCUAAAUCACAAGCAACAGAUCAACUAAAAUCAAUUGAUGAUUCGGAAUCGAAAUUAGAAUCAAACGUGAAAUCAGAUUCAGAUGUUGUAUCAGAUUCUAAAUCACAAGCAACAGAUCAACUAAAAUCAAUUGAUGAUUCGGAAUCGAAAUUAGAAUCAAACGUGAAAUCAGAUUCAGAUGUUGUAUCAGAUUCUAAAUCACAAGCAACAGAUCAAUUAAAAUCAAUUGAUGAUUCGGAAUCGAAAUUAGAAUCAAACGUGAAAUCAGAUUCAGAUGUUAAAGUAAAAUCAGAUUCAGAUGCUGGUACAGAAUCGAACUCAGGAUCAGAAUGUAAUUCAUCGGCAAAGUCAGAAAAAAUCAGUUCCACGUUCACGAAAGAAAUUUGGCAAACAUUCGGUACUCCGAUGAAAGCAGGCCGCAUCUCGUCGCUCGGGAAUUACCUAAACGUCGGACCCGACGGGCUCGUUUACGAUGGCGAUUCCGGACCGGCAGCUACCUCGCAGACUAAAUUCAGCAGCUUGCAGACUUGCGAUUGCGGUGAAAGCGUCGGUUCCGGCCAUUGCUGGAAUCCUCACCAAAGUCUGUCGCAAAUUGUCUUGCGAUUCGGGGUCCACACGGCAAUCUUAUCGCCUCGCCCCCCCGUCGACGUAGAAUUAUUCGAAGGCGAAGGCGAAGGCGACGAGACGAGACGAGACGAGACGAGACACAGUACCUAG